ACUGCAUUUAUGAUACAAGUGUAGGUACGGGAUUAGUAUCUGCCGUGUUAGGUUGAUUUUGUGUUUGUCGUCUGUGGUCCAUCGUAUUGUAUUGUUGUGGUCCCUUUAUGUUGAGAUUGAAUUGGUUUCGUGUCGAUUGCGUUGUGGUUUCAGAUCUGGAUUUGACUGUUCUAGUUACAGAUUAUUACUGAUUUCGUAUGUGAUCUCUGUUUGUGCUUGUAUUUUUUUUUGGAAUUUGAGUGGGAUUUAUGUAUUGUUGUUGGAGCUUGGACUAGCUUAGAGGAUCUGUGAUUGUGAUACGUGUUGAUAAGCAAUAGGUUUUCCUUGAACGUCUUCUUAACUUGCUUUUCUGCGUGAGUGACUGGAUGGAUGGUGUCAAUGAUAUACAAUUGCCUUCAGUUUUCGUGGAAUUGAACAAAUUUUAUCUCCCUUUGGCAAUCAUGUUUAGCUCUUUAGUUUGACAGUUCUAGCUGUGACACUGACCCUUCUUUGUGGCGAUGAUGCAGUACCUUGUUACGCAUUUCAGUGACUUUCAACUGGCGUGUAUUGGGAGUUUUAUACUUCAUGAAAGCGUGUUUUUCUUGUCUGGACUCCCUUACAUUUUCCUAGAAAGGACUGGUUUUCUGAGCAACUACAAAAUUCAGACCAAAAGUAAUACUCCUGAAGCCCAGGGAAAAUGCAUUGCUCGACUAUUACUUUACCAUUGCUGCGUAAACUUGCCCCUCAUGAUGGCGUCGUAUCCUGUAUUCAGAUUCAUGGGCAUGGAAAGCAGUUUUCCUCUGCCGUCCUGGAAAGUGGUGUCUGCCCAGAUCUUAUUCUACUUCAUCAUUGAGGAUUUUGUAUUCUAUUGGGGUCACAGGAUCUUGCAUACUAAAUGGCUCUACAAGAACGUGCACAGUGUGCAUCAUGAGUACGCGACACCGUUUGGUUUGACAUCAGAAUAUGCUCAUCCCGCUGAAAUUCUGUUCCUUGGUUUUGCUACCAUUGUUGGUCCGGCUCUCACCGGGCCUCACCUGAUCACCCUUUGGUUAUGGAUGAUGCUCAGAGUUAUUGAGACAGUUGAGGCACAUUGUGGUUAUCAUUUCCCAUGGAGCCCCUCGAAUUUUCUUCCUCUAUACGGCGGUGCUGACUUCCAUGACUACCAUCAUCGAUUACUCUACACAAAGUCUGGCAACUACUCAUCAACGUUUGUUUACAUGGACUGGAUCUUUGGCACCGAUAAAGGUUACAGAAAACUUAAGGCCCUAAAAGAAACCUGACAACAAACAAACGUGAAAUUCGAUUCCCGAGAGAGGUCUUGUUCUCAAAAAACCUUCUUUCUUUUGUUUUGUCUCUACCAUUUCCUCAACUUUAGUCAUAAGAACAUCAUUAUUUGCUACAAUUUGGGUUGUACAAUCAAAGCUGCUAGUCUGAAGUCGAUUCGAUGUUGAAAUUUAUACGUGACCUCGUUUCUAUUGGACUUGUUGUUACUACU